UGCAAGACAUGAUGCGGAUCGUACUAUUGCUGUAAACUAUGUCAUCUAACCGUCACGGUUAGCUUAGUUUUCCUUUCAAUGCCAUCGGUUUCUAACUGAAGUUUCAUCAUAUUGGCCGGCCGACUAUGAGUGUGAGAAGAAGGGAGAGCAGGGGAGGGGAUGUGUUCCAGGUUUCUUUAAACCAUAAACCUACGUCAAACCUGAAAGAAAUCGCUGAAUGACGUGGAAACUCGUGGAUGAGACAAAAAACUUUCGUUUAAAAAGCCAGCCGUUAUCCUGGGAAAGAAUUAAAGGAUUGUAUCUUUUUUUACUAUCUUGUAGCUACUCUCACUAUGGAGUCGGUUAAGACAGCUGAAGUGAUGCUGAGAGGAAACGUAUCAGGAAAUUACAUCGCGAUGAACACCAAGGGAGAGUUGUAUAGUACAAAUAGUCCAACUCACCCGGAGUGCGUCUUCAAAGAGAUUUUUGGAACGAAGUGCAAUUCCUACCAAUCCACGUUGAAUCCUGCCUGGUACCUAGCUCUGACCAAACAAGGCGAGGCGAAGUAUGGGCCCAAAACUAAACCCGGCCAGAGGGCUGUUGGCUUUAUAGCUGAAUGACUAAUGAACCGAAUACCAAAAGAGUUUAUUAGUAAUUUGUAAUAGACCCAAUUAAAAGAUGUAUAAAAUG